AUGUCACAGCAGCGCAGCAUGUACCACAGCAGCAUGUACCACAGCAGCAUGUACCACAGCAGCAUGUACCACAGCAGCAUGUACCAUGUACCACAUCAGCCUGUACCACAGCAGCAUGUACCACAGCAGCAUGUACCAAAGCAGCAUGUACCACAGCAGCAUGUACCACAGCCGCAUGUACCAUGUACCACGUCAACAUGUACCACAUCAGCCUGUACCAUGUACCACGUCAACAUGUACCACAGCAGCAUGUACCACAACAGCAUGUGCCACAUCAGCCUGUACCAUGUACCACAUCAGCAUGUACCACAUCAGCCUGUACCAUGUACCACAGCAGCAUGUGCCACAUCAGCCUGUACCAUGUACCACAGCAGCAUGUACCACAGCAGCAUGUACCACAGCAGCCUGUACCAUGCCAGACACAGUAAACACACCCAGCCAGCCAGUCGUAAGGCCAGACACAGUAAACACACCCAGCCAGCCAGUCGUAAGGCCAGCCACAGUAAACACACCCAGCCAGCCAGUCGUAAGGCCAGCCACAGUAAACACACCCAGCCAGCCAGUCUUAAGGCCAGCCACAGUAAACACACCCAGCCAGCCAGUCGUAAGGCCAGCCACAGUAAACACACCCAGCCAGCCAGUCGUAAGGCCAGACACAGUAAACACACCCAGCCAGCCAGUCUUAAGGCCAGACACAGUAAACACACCCAGCCAGCCAGUCGUAAGGCCAGCCACAGUAAACACACCCAGCCAGCCAGUCGUAAGGCCAGACACAGUAAACACACCCAGCCAGCCAGUCAUAAGGCCAGACACAGUAAACACACCCAGCCAGCGGUAGGCCAGCCACAGUAA